AUGCGUCUGAAGGAGCUGAAGAGCCUCCAGAGUGGCUUCAAGCAUGUUAAUGAUGGAGGUUUCCAACUGCAGAGUAAUCAGCUGACCACAGACCUCGACAACAACAUUAAUACCAACAUGCCGCCUAUGGAGACCAAGGUGUUGAUUAUCCAGCGCGCCUGGCGUGACUUCCUCCAGAGACAGGAAGUGGAAAAGAGGAGCCCAUCCCCUCCUUCCCUCUCCUCCUCUGAUAAGAUGAGCACAUCAAUCAGCAUGACGACUUUAUCAGAUGGCAGCACCCCGCCUGACAACCCAGCCGCCUGCUGUCCCUGGGGGCCAGAGGUGCUGGAGGUGCUGGAGGAGGAAAAGGAGAGCUAG